AUGCUGGCUCAGGAGCUGGCGGCUAGCCUGUGCCAGGAGGGGGGCCAGCACCUGGCCCAUGGCGAACCCGCGCUGGCCGCGGCCUUCCUCCUGGCUGCCUUCAGCUGCCACGCACCAACGGCCGUGCACCACGUCCAGGCCCUGCCCGAGGGCCUGGGGGCGCCCGUGCUGGCGGCACUGGAGGCCUGGUGCCGCGGCGAGAGCCCCAUCCCAGCCGUCCACUGGGACGGGAUGGCCGUGGUAUCGCUGACGGGCGCCCAGGCCUCGGCCUUCCUGGCCACCCUGUGCCCGGAGCACCCGGCGGCUGCCCUGCACGGCCUGGCUGGGCUGCUGGCACACGGGCGCCCCCUGGAGGCUGAGGCGCGCUGCAGCGCCCUGCUGGCCACCGGCUCCCCGCUGGGCCUGGAGCUGCGACUGACCCGCGCCCUCGCCCGCAUCCUGGCCGGGGCCCCGUACGCCACAGGCCUGGCUGACUACCUGCAGGCAUUCGCCAUCAGCGCCGACCGCACCGUGGCCUUCGUCCUCGCCCACCAGCAGCCGCACCUGCCUCUGCUGCUCGGGGCCCUCCGGGACCACGUCCUGGGACGCCCGGAGGCCGGGGACAGUGCAGAUGGCCAGGGGCUGCUGGCUGCCCUGGACUCCACAGGCAGCUGGAGCAACACACUGGACCCUGAAGCGCUGCUCCGAGACGGCAGGUUUGAGGCCUGCAGGGCAGCGUGUGACCGCCUCCUGGAGUCCCAGCCAACAGACAGCAGACCCCAAGGCGAGCGUCUGGCCGCGCUGCUGGUGACCCGCGCGGCUGCGGCCUUCUCCCUAGACGCCGGCGCGCAGGACGCGCUCGGAGACCUGCACGCGGCCUUCGGCGAGAGCCGGGCGGGCGCGCGUCGGCAGCUGGAUGCGCUGUUCGCCGAGGACGCCCAGGAGCGCCUGCGGGCCCGGGCCGAGGAGGCGGCGGCGGCGAGCCUGGCGCGCUUCCUGAAGGCGGUGCGGGCGCGGGCGGAGCUGCGCGGGGAUUCGGGCCGCGAGCUGCUGGCGCCGGCGCUGCGCGCGCUCCGCAUCCUGCUGCGCGUGUCCACGCCCGCCGCGCGCCCGGCGCUGGGCGCCCGCCUGGCCGAGGCGCUGCUGCUGGCGGGGGACGCGGUGGGCGCGCGGGCCUGGUGCGAGCGCCUGCUGCGGCGGCGGCGGCGCGCGGACCCGGCCGGGGAGCGCUCGGCCCUGCUGGCGCUGCGCGGCUUCUGUGCGCUGCACGCCGGGGACGCGCCGCGCGCCCUGGAGGACUUCCAGGAGGUGGUGGCGCGCGGCCCGCCCCACCCCUGCGGCUGCGUGCGCGCGCUGUGCGGCCGCGGGCUGCUGCGCGUGCUGGCGGGCAGCGCCUUCCUGGGCGCGCUGGACUAUGUCACCGCCUGCCGCCUGCGGCGCGAGGAGGCUCUGCUCGUCGCCAAGGCCCUGGUGCCCUGGAACCAGCGCGGGCUGCUGCGGACCGUCCUGCGGGAGGAGGCCCGGACACUGCUGCGGCGGGCGGCGCGCGCGGCCGUGGACGGAGCCGGCCCCGCGGCGCAGGAGGGGUAAAGGCGGCGGCACGCGCCCCUCCCCGGUGGGCCCCCGAGGGCCUGGACAGUGAGGGAACGUGUCCCUUGUGCUGCCGGCAGGGACGCCCAGGGCGUGCUCCAGCUGGCCUCACUGCUGCUGGAGCUGGACACGGAGGACGAGGAGUCGAGGCUGCUGGUGGCCGACGCGCUGUACGGCCUGGGCCGCCUGGAGGACGCCCACAAGGUGCUGCUGCGGGCCCGGUCCAGGCCCCCUGCUGCACCCACACUGGCCCGGCUGGCCCUGCUGCAGCUGCGGAGGGGCUUCUGCUACGACGCCCACCAGCUCGUGAAGAAGCUGGUGCAGUGUGGGGACACGGCCUGCCUCCAGCCCACCCUGAGCAUCUUCUGCCAUGAGGACCGGCAACGGCUAUGGCAUCUCUGCCACACGCGGGCGGUGGCCAUCCUGCGGGCACAGCCGGGCUUGACCGGGGAGCCGACUCACCUCCGGGAGGCCGUUGCCUACCUAUCUCUGGCCAUCUUCGCCGCGGGCACUCAGGCCAGCCAGAGCCUCCUGGCCCGUGCCCGCUGCUACGCGCUCCUGGGCCAGAGGAGGACAGCGCUGCUGGACUUCGACGCGGCACUGCGGGCCGAGCCGCGGGACGUCGCUGCGCUGUGUGGCCGCGGGCUCCUGCACCUGGCACUGGGCCAGCAGCAGGAGGCAGUGGACGAUGUCCUCUGUGCCCUGAAGCUGGACCCGGGGGCUGCAGUGCCUGAGCUGCGCACUCUGAAGCCCGAAGUCCAGGCGCUGCUCACACAGGGCCUCUCCUCCCACUGCCGGGCCCUCCUGGGACGCAUGAGGGACCCGGGCACCACACUCAGCCCCGAUGACGCCCAGGGCCUCCAGGCUGCAGGGGAGGCGCUGAUCAGCCUGGACAGCGGACGGUGCAGUGGGCACAUCCUCCUGGCAGAUGUGCUCACCGCGACAGGCAGCUACGAAGAGGCUGGGGCCCGCCUGCAAGCAGCCCUGCACCCCUGCCCACCCACAGGGGCCGCGCGGGCCCGGCGUGGUCUGCUCCAGCUCAAGAAGGGGGACACGGCGGCCGCCGCACACGACCUGCAGUGCCUGGCAGAGACUGAUGUCAACGACCUGGGCUUCCUGCUGGGGCUCCUGGACGCCCCAGAGAGGCAGAGCCUUGCUCAGGCCGCGGCCCAGGAAGCCGGCAGCCUGCUGCGGUCAGGUCAGCCCGGGCCAGCGCUGGGCUACUGCUCGCUGGCAGUGCUGGCCAGCGUGGACCAGGCCCCGAACCUGCGCCUCCGGGCCGCCUGCCUGGCCGAGCUGCAGGAGUUCGACCGUGCCCUUGGGGACCUGGACCUGGUGCUCCAGGAGGGCCCAGAGACCACCGACUCCUCCACACGGGCUGAAGACUUUUGCUUCCAAGGUCGCCUGCUGCUGGGCCGCGGGGACGAGGUGGGAGCCGCGCGGGCCUUCGCCCAGGGCCUGCAGCUGGCGCCCCUCCAGGCCCAGAAUAGCCUGGGCGAGCGGCCGGGGCGAGCCACUGCAACCCGCCUGCUCUUGGGCUGGGGACAGCAGUGUCUGGAGGAGCAGCGGUUGGCAGAGGCCUGGGUGGCAGCAGAUGCAGGCCUGGCCCUGGACCCCUCUCACAGCAGCCUCCAAGGCCUGAAGGCCAGGCUACGCAGAGGGGCGGCCUCUGGCUGCCGGCUCCACUGA